GGCCCAAAGCUCUCGCUGGCAGCAGGUGCCUGAGCAAAUAGCAGCGAGUUUCUCAGCAGGAACUUGUGAGCCUUUAAAGAUGUGGAAAGCAGUCGUGGGACACAACGUGUCAGUGAAGGUGGAACCUCAGGGAGACGACUGGGACACGGACCCUGAUUUCGUGAACGACAUCUCCGAGCGGGAGCAGCGCUGGGGAGCCAAAACCAUCGAGGGCUCGGGCCACGCCGGGCACAUCGACAUCCAUCAGCUGAGGAACAAGGUAUCGGAGGAGCAUGAAGUCAUCAAGAAGAAGGAGCUGGAGACUGGCCCCAAGUCAUCCUAUGGCUAUGGGGGCAAAUUUGGAACAGAGCAAGACCGAAUGGAUAAGUGCGCCGUGGGACACGAGUACGUGGCUCACGUGGAGAAGCACUCCUCCCAGACAGACGCGGCCCAGGGCUUCGGCGGCAGGUUUGGAGUCCAGCGGGACCGAGCUGACAAGUCAGCACUGGGCUUCGAAUACAAGGGUGAGGUGGAGAAGCACUCCUCCCAGAAAGAUUACUCCAAGGGCUUUGGUGGCCGUUACGGAGUGGAAAGGGAUAAGGUGGACAAAGCAGCUGUGGGAUUUGACUACAAAAGCCAGGCAGAAAAGCAUGACUCUCAGAAAGACUAUUCUGUGGGCUUUGGUGGGAAGUUUGGGGUGCAGAGGGAUCGUCAGGACAAGAAUGCCCUUGGCUGGGACCAUCAGGAGGAAGUGCAGCCCCACGCAUCCCAGACAGACUAUGCCAAGGGGUUUGGAGGCCGUUAUGGGGUCCAGAAGGACAGAGUGGAUAAGAGUGCUGCUGGCUUUGAUGAGAUGGCAGCUCCCACCUCCUCCUAUGAGAAAACAAGGCCCCUGGAGGCAGAAGGCUCCAGUGGCGCGAGCAGCCUGCGCGCACGGUUCGAGCACAUGGCACAGGAGGAGGGCAGGAGGCAGGAGGAGCAGCGGGCGAGGCGGCGCCAGCAGCAGCAGGAAGUCCCUCUGAGAGAGGAGAAGCAGACUGGGGCAGCCCCUCCAGCCGUGCCAGCAAGGGAGCCCGUGGGCACUGCUGGGGACCAGCCCGUGUCACCAGAACAGGAGCCCAAAAGGGAGGAUGAAGAAGUAGCACCCACUUUGCCACCAAGGCCAGCAGAGCUGGACGCAGAGCUGGGCAAGGUCCCCAGCCAGGGUCAGCCCACCUACAGUGCGAGUUUGGAUGUUGGUGGAGACUAUGAGGAGCUGCCAGAGCCCUCUGACUACUAUGACAUUGCCAGUGGAGGGGCUGACUAUGAGGAGCUGCCAGCCCUGCUGGGAAAGCCGGAUGCCACCUUUGGAGGAGAUGAAGGUGAAGACUACGAGGUGAUCCUUCCUCAGGAGCCCAGGCAGAGCCACCUGGGGAGCCCCGGGAUCUGUGCAGUGGCUCUCUACGAUUACCAAGGAGAUGGAGACGAUGAGAUUUCUUUUGACCCUGAGGACACGAUCUCGCACAUUGAGAUGGUGGAUGAGGGCUGGUGGCGCGGCUGGUGCCGUGGCAGGGUCGGCCUCUUCCCAGCGAACUACGUGAAGCUUCUGCAAUGAGAUGAGCCCAGGGCAAGCUGCUUCCUUCCCAGCUUUUGCCUCUGUCAUAGCCUGAUGCUGGCCAAAUGCCAGGCACCCACAAAAGCCACUCACUCACCCUCCCCACCACAGCUGGGCAGAGGGGAGAAAAAUUUAAUGGGGCCUCUGUGAGCUGAGGACUGGGAGAAAACAUCCAAG